CGCAGGCGAUGCCCCUGCCCCGCUGCUCCGGCGGGGGGCAGAGCGCGCGGCGGCGGCGGGGAAGGAGGCGGGGAGGAGGCGGCUGCGGCGGAGGGGCCGAGAGCUGGCGGCGGCGGCGGUGGUCGUGAAGGGCAUCGGUGGCGCUGACGGAGAUGAUCUGAAGAUGGAAAGAGCCAGGCGAAGGGGAGGUGGCGGCGGCGGCGGCCGUGGUCGCGGAGGCAAGAAUGUAGGGGGCUCUGGCCUAAGCAAGAGUAGACUCUAUCCCCAGGCCCAGCACUCUCACUUCCCCCACUACUCCGCGUCAGCCACCCCUAAUCAGGCUGGGGGCGCACCCGAAAUUCAGGAGCUGGCCUCCAAACGAGUGGACAUCCAGAAAAAAAGGUUUUACCUAGACGUGAAGCAAAGCUCCCGGGGCCGCUUCCUAAAGAUAGCUGAAGUCUGGAUAGGGAGAGGCCGGCAGGACAAUAUCAGAAAGAGUAAACUGACCCUCUCCCUGUCGGUGGCAGCAGAGCUGAAGGACUGUCUAGGCGAUUUCAUCGAACACUAUGCCCACCUGGGUCUGAAAGGCCACAGGCAAGAGCAUGGCCAGAGCAAAGAGCAAGUCUCCAGGAGGCGGCAGAAGCACUCUGCCCCCUCCCCACCAGUGUCGGUGGGGUCAGAAGAGCAUCCUCACAGUGUCCUCAAAACAGACUAUAUCGAGAGGGACAAUAGGAAAUACUACCUAGACCUAAAGGAGAAUCAGCGAGGCCGCUUCCUAAGGAUCAGGCAAACCAUGAUGCGGGGCACUGGCAUGAUAGGUUAUUUUGGCCACAGUUUGGGCCAGGAACAGACUAUUGUCCUCCCUGCACAAGGAAUGAUCGAGUUUCGUGAUGCCUUGGUUCAGCUGAUUGAAGACUAUGGCGAAGGAGAUAUAGAAGAACGAAGAUGUGGUGAUGAAGAGCCGCUUGAACUCCCAGAGGGGACCUCUUUCAGAGUGGACAAUAAAAGGUUCUACUUUGAUGUGGGCUCUAAUAAAUAUGGAAUUUUCCUGAAGGUAAGUGAGGUGAGGCCACCUUACCGUAAUACUAUUACUGUUCCAUUCAAAGCUUGGACAAGGUUUGGGGAGAAUUUUAUCAAGUAUGAAGAAGAGAUGAGGAAAAUUUGCAACAGCCAUAAAGAAAAGAGAAUGGACGGCAGAAGGGCCAGUUGUGAAGAACAAGAAUGCCUCGACUAGCAUGAUAUUGAACUCCAUCAGGCAAAAUUCAAAAAUCAUUAAUUGGCUAAAAGUACCGAUCCACAAUCAUUUGAAGAAGUUUUCCCUCUUUCGGGCCCCUUGUUAUUAGUAAUACCUCUAAUAGUUUAUACUUCAAGAAGUCUUGAUUCUCAUGUUCUGUUACACAUAGAUCACUAUGAUUCUCUUGGGAAUUCUAACCUCCCCAGAGCUAAAUAGCUGAGCUGCUUGAGCUGCUCCAGAUGAUUGAAGUAUGCAGAUCAGCACAAAUCGUGACAUUCUGACCGUUAAACACCAUAGUUAAGAUUUACAUUGCACUAUGACAUAAUCCUGAAAAUGAUGCAUCUACUUAAUAUGAAAGUGUGAAUUUCUGUUUAACAAAUCCUCCCCCUCCCCAAAGAAAGUCCCAUUCAUGCUUCAUUAAAAGUUGCUAAGUUUACCUGUAGGACAGUUACCACAGAAAUAGAAAUUGACCUCCUAGUAUAAGUCUUUAUGAAAGUACGAGUAGGAAUAUAUUGUUUAUUGGAUAACUGAAUAUUAACUAAUACCCCUCUAAAAGAUCAAAUAUUUUUAGGUAAUUAAACCUUUCAAAUACAAUGUCAAAUUCCUUAACAGUUACUAUAUAUGUUCUAUAAUUUCAAAUUUUGUGGUAACCCUACAGUUUUAGUUGCCAUAUCAAAGCCAUGGAAGAGUUUUAAUGAAUUAUUCUAAACUAGUUACAAUCUCAUCUCUGUUUCCUAUACUACAUAUUUUAUUGACUUUGCAAAGUUUGGAGAAUUAUGUUUAUAUCACUGUUGAGAGGGAGGCUUCACCCUGUGGCUUUGCUAUGGAAAUUUUGAUGUUCUAGCCUUUUAUGGUCAUUUGCAUUUGUUUGGUUUUUUUUUUUUUUUUCUUAAAAUCUGUCAUGGACGUUCAAAGUUAUAUUUUAUGCUUCCCUGUUCAUGUAUUUCAUAGGGUUGGUGCACCAGCUGAUUGAAAAAUUAGGUGUAAAAAUACAUCUAAUAUAUUUUAGUAGCACUUUAGCAUUUGCUGCCCUUAAAACCAUGUCACACUUCCAUUAUAAACCUGAUAUUGAUACAGAUACUUUAACUCCAAAAGAAAAACCUUCUUUUACUGAGAAGAAAAAAGAAAAAAGCAUUUAGAAUACAAACUUACGGUCUGGGAAAUACAAUAUUUGGAAAUGAGAUUGGUUAUAAACAUUUAAAAGGAAAAUUCAGGCAAUUUCCAAGGUGCUCCUCUGAUUCUUAAAGAGGUUUACUCUAUACAAGAUGUAUCCAUUUGCCUGUAUUAAAACUCACUUUCCAGAAAGUGCCACCUGAAUUUUUAAACACUCAAGCAAUUUUUAAACAAGUGGGUAUAGAAUAUACAUGUACCAGUACCCCUUAUUAACUGACUAAAAUUUCAUCUGUUGGGAUACAUUUUAUUCUAAAUGAAAUUGUGUUUGGUCCUAGGAUCAGUUACUGCCCCACAGUAAGUCCAUAUAAUCAUGUUUAAGAGACAAGACACUGUUUUCAACUCCUCAAAUACAGUUCUCGUUGGUAGGAGCUGGCUGGGAGGAUUGAGGACAGAGUGUGGUUCUUCUC